CAAAAAGUCAAAACCCAAAAGCAACUUCUGGGUUUUAGGGUUUUGCUGGGGAAAACCCUCACCAUCCACUUCCUCGCAAUUUUCUCUGGCUCAAUUCUCUCAGGUUUGCUCGAUAUAAUCCAAUCAUUUCAAACUCACUUGUUAUUUCUUUGAAUUUUUCCCAAAUUUCUGAGCUUUUUUUAAAUUUGUUUAUCAUUUCUUUGAGCUUUUUUAAUUUUAUGCGAGUGUUUAACAAUGGCUAGAGGCCCUUCAAGUUCUCUGUUUCGAAUUUAUGCUUCCAAGAAGAACAUAUCUAGGUUUAGGGUUUUGAUAUGGAAUCAACAUGUUAGUUCUUCUGCAUCAUAUGACCGCUCUCUAUCCUCAAAUUUCCAAUUUUGUCCCGCUUUCGAUGUUCCGAAUCACCGUUCGUUUUCGACGGGAUUCAGGGACCUAAUUCGGGUUAGAUUGCCCCCCAAAGGCCCGAAUUUCACAGGCUGCAGUACCUUUGAUGCGAAACCAUUUUCGACUACUGUGGAGGAUGAGGAGGAUAAUGGGGUUUGUAGUAGUAGAAUGGUGGAUUCUGAAUGUGAUUUUGAUGCAGAUGCUGGGAAAAUUUUGGACUUUGUAAAUGAGGGCAGUGCUCGCAAUUUGUCAAAUUGUGGAGAUGGAGAUGAGGGUAAUGUCAGUCUGGUUUGUGAUUCGAUGGUUGUUGAGUCGGAAAAUGGUGAUGAGAAUGUGAGUUCAGCGAAACCUAUGAACUUUCAGCAGGUUGCGUCACGUGAGCCUGUUGAAUUGUAUCAUGAGCUUCGCAAUGCUGAAAAGGGUGCAAAGCAGAGACGGGCUGAUUGGGAGACUCUUCAAGAGAUAUUCCGGAAUUUUGGCAAUUCGGGUUGGGCAUGCGAUCAGGCUCUUGCAAUAUACAUUGGACGUUCAUUUUUCCCUACUGCCGUGCACAAGUUUCGGAGUUUUUUCUUCAAGAAGUGUUCGGCUGAUGUUGCCAAAUAUGUGGUAUCCCUUGGUCCAUCUAAUGAUGCUGUGAAGUUUUUGUUUCCUAUAUUUGUUGAAUAUUGUUUAGAAGAAUUUCCAGAUGAGAUCAAGCGUUUUCGUAGUAUGAUUGAAUCAGCAGAUCUCACUAAGCCUCAUACAUGGUUUCCAUUUGCACGGGCUAUGAAGCGUAAGAUAAUUUAUCACUGUGGUCCAACCAAUAGUGGUAAAACAUACAAUGCUUUGCAACGGUUUAUGGAAGCAAAGAAGGGUAUUUACUGCAGUCCUCUGAGAUUAUUGGCUAUGGAAGUCUUUGAUAAAGUCAACGGGCAUGGAGUUUAUUGUAGUCUUCACACAGGACAAGAAAAGAAAUUUGUCCCAUUCUCAAACCAUGUUGCUUGCACAGUCGAAAUGGUGUCAACUGAUGAAAUGUAUGAUGUUGCCGUGAUUGAUGAAAUUCAGAUGAUGGCAGAUCCAUACAGAGGUUUUGCAUGGACAAGAGCAUUGCUUGGGCUGAAGGCUGACGAGAUACAUUUGUGUGGAGAUCCAAGUGUUCUGAACAUUGUUCGACAAAUCUGUUCAGAAACUGGUGAUGAGUUGCACGAGCAGCAUUAUGAGAGGUUCAAGCCAUUGGUGGUUGAAGCCAAAACGCUCUUGGGAGAUCUUAAAAAUGUUCGGUCUGGAGACUGUGUGGUUGCUUUUUCUAGGAGAGAGGUAUUUGAGGUUAAAAUUGCAAUUGAAAAACACACUAAUCAUCGUUGUUGUGUUAUUUAUGGUGCCUUGCCACCAGAGACUCGUCGACAGCAAGCGAAUUUGUUUAAUGAUCAAAAUAAUGAAUACGAUGUGCUUGUUGCUACUGAUGCAGUGGGAAUGGGUCUAAAUCUCAAUAUCAGGAGGGUUGUGUUCUUUACGCUUGCAAAGUACAAUGGUGACAAAACUGUCGCGGUUCCAGCGUCUCAGGUGAAGCAGAUUGCUGGAAGAGCUGGUCGGAGAGGAAGCAUCUAUCCAGACGGACUCACAACCACAUUGAAUUUAGAUGAUCUGGAUUACUUAAUUGAAAGUCUAAAGCAACCUUUUGACGAAGUUAAGAAAGUGGGCCUUUUCCCUUUCUUUGAGCAGGUUGAGCUAUUCGCAGGGAAAAUUCCUGAUGUUACGUUCUGCCAGCUACUUGAAAAUUUUAGUGAAAAUUGUCGUCUGGAUGGUUCAUACUUCCUGUGUCGACAUGAUCAUAUAAAGAAGGUUGCAAAUAUGUUACAGAAGGUUCCGGAACUAUCUCUGGAGGAUCGUUUUAACUUCUGUUUUGCCCCAGUUAAUAUCAAAGACCCAAGAGCUAUGUAUCAUCUUCUAAGGUUUGCUUCAUCAUAUGGUCAGAAACUCCCUGUCAACAUUGCUAUGGGCGUACCAACGGGAUCUGCCCGUAACAAUAAGGAGCUCUUGGAUCUGGAGACCAAGCACCAAGUUUGUUCUAUGUAUAUGUGGUUGUCACACCACUUCAAGAAGGAAACGUUUCCAUACUGGAAGAAGGCUGAGGCAAUGGCCUCGGAUAUUGCUGAGUUGUUGGGCAAGUCUCUAGCCAAUGCUAAUUGGAAACCAGAGUCAAUGCAGGCAGAGAACCAAAAGUUUCUUGAACAGAAGCAAAAUAGUUAUGAGAGGCCAAGGUCACUCAUCAAGCUGUAUGACAAGAAAAAGCAUGACCGGUCUGUACAACAUGAGCUCGGAGAGAAAGUAACUGCUUAGCGUUCUUGCAGAAAGAUAUUCUGCAGGCACUCGGUGUGUGCAAACCAGUAGUCAGAGAUAGACAACCACGAGGGCAGAUGUGAGAUAUGUUAGACUACAACUGUGUACUUUACCGUCGUCUGGGAGCUCAUGUGGACUGAGUUUGCAACAGUUACAGUGUUACGAAGACACAGCAGGUUUGCUACUCUCAUGAGCUCACCCUAUUUUCGAGUAUGGUGGCGGUUUGCUUUUAGAAUAGGAAACAUGUUUAAAUAUCUCAACUGAGUACGAGUAAGAUGCAACUAUAUUGUUCAAAAUUAAAGGAUUAAAGGACAAGAAAGAGUUGUUUAAUCAUUUUCGGGAUAACUUAUAAUGGCUAACUGAUUGUGUAAAUUCUUUGCAUUAUAAGAUCACCGACGGUGAUUUGGAUUAACCAGAAGCCCUAUUUCCGGUUGGUUGACCAAA